CACAAAUUGUGCCUAAUCAUUUUCUAAAUCAGGUGAAUUGGAGGUGUAUGGUGCCGGAGAAGGCUGAAUUGAAGAGCAACGACUUUAGGAAAUAUUUCAAGAAUGUAAACCGUGAAGAAGGUGUUGAUGGUGAGUUGUGCGUGGCUGAUUUUGGGGCAGGGUGCAAUUAAGUGAAGGGCAAGCUGCAUUGGGGUGGUGAAAUGGGUGAUGGCAAGGAGUUUGAAAACCGGAAGGAGAAAAAGUCAAAGUUGAAGCUGCCAAAGAAAGAUGCGAUAGGGGGAUGUAAUGAACACCAGAGAAAGGAAGAAGUGGUUCGGAAAACGAAGCAAAAGACCAUUGAUGACUAUGGGAAACAUGAAAGAAUUGAUAGAUUGGAUGAGAUGCUAAGAGAGGUCUUGAAGGGAAUAUCGUCAACAGAGAAAAGUAAUAAAAUUUUAAGUAAGAAGGUAGAUGCUGUGAGUAAUGACUUUAAAGAGCAUCGGCGAACUGUAGAAGCAUGCUUGGAAAAGGCUGGUUUACUUUCGGAGGAGAGGGGAAGAAAGGAACAAAGAGCACGGGAUCGGUCAAUUCCGAGUUUUGAUUUAGGUCUGGAUUCUGAUAAUAAAAAUGAAGAUGGAGAAUGCAGUGGUGAUCUAGAAGUGAAAGAGGGAAUGGGAACAGAGUACGGUGUGGUUGCAAAAUCGGAUGGGGAUAAAGCUUUGGUAAAGGCAUGUGAUGAGUCCGAGAGAGCAGGAGACCAAUCAGAACUCCAUAUGGAUGUUGAAAAAGAAAAUGCUACUGUGAAUGUAUCUGCUAUACGGACACCUGAAACGGUUAAUGUUGCUGGGUUUAAGGACACAUUUGAGACGCCGACACAGAUUUGUGAGGCUUUGAAGAAUGAGCCGCUGGAGAAUUUGUUUUAUCCAUUGGAUUUCAAUGUUUUUAGUGUUGAGCAUCCCAGACCAUCAAUGGUUGUACCCUUGAAAGAGUUGCAUGACUUGAUAAAAGCAGUUGAGGAAGAGGUGAAGUCUUCAUAUGAUGAUGAGGAUGUGAACAGAGUUGGCAAUGAGGAGGAGAAAUGUACCCAAAUGGUUGUUUACAACCCUAUGAACAAUGAAGCUACUUUUAUGGAUGAAGGUGAAGCAAAGAACAGGCCAAAGAGAGAAAUGAAAGCUACAAGAAGAUUCACUCCCGGAGAAGAUGCACUUGGAAGGACCUAUAAACGUCUGAAGACAAACACGUGUAGAAUGGAAGAAGAGAUGUUCAGAAUGGAAGAAGAGAUGUUCAGAGGACCAUUCAGUAAGGAUCCUGAUGCAAUGCCACCAAAUGAAGCACUGAAAACAGUUGAGAAAGUUUUGUUUGAUGGGCUGCUGAAGAAUCAUUUAAGAGUGAGUGGUAGGAAGUAUUUUGCUGAGAGAGAUCAAAUGGAUCCUCGCGAGUUUAAGCCACUAUAUGGGUUGGAGGCGACGUUGAGUAAGAGUUGGUAUUACAAGCUUUUUUUUCAUGGGCAUGGCUAGAUGAUGAGGUAUUAUUGGAUAAAUGGUAAUGUUUUCC